UCAUUCCAGCGCUUGGUAGACUAACUGUAACCGAGCCCACUCGUCCUCUCCACUCCCGCAACCCCGCGCCGCUCGACCUCCUCUUUCCUCCCACUCAGGAUACAAGUGGAACAAGGCAAGGGCGUAGGUGCUACUCAGGCACGGCGGCAGAGCCAAGCACACCCUCCUCUCCCAAGGAAAUCAUCGAGCGAGCAAGGUCCACUUCUAGGUUCUAACGCUCGCUGCGUCCUCCCUGAUUCCCACCCUUCUCUUCUUCAUCGCGAGUGCCGGCGGCGGCUGGUAGAGAGGCGAGCCGAGAGGUGCAGCGGGCUACAAGUGGAGAGAUCAAGCGAGAGCCAUGGGCCGGAGGAUCCUCAACGAUGCGCUGCGCACGAUGGUGAACGCGGAGCGGCGGGGGAAGGCUAUGGCGCAACUCCAGCCCAUCUCUGGCGUCAUGAUCUCGUUCCUCAACAUCAUGAAGCACAGAGGUUACAUAAAAAAUUUCGAGGUAUUCGAUCCACAUAGGGUUGGAAAAAUCACCGUGGAACUUCAGGGAAGGAUUAAAGAUUGCAAAGCUCUCACUUAUAGGCAGGACCUCAAGGCUAUGGAAAUAGAAAAAUACAGAACUAGGAUGCUUCCAACACGGCAGUGGGGCUAUGUUGUGGUGACCACCCCAAAUGGCGUUUUAGAUCACGAGGAAGCAAUUAGGCAGAAUGUGGGCGGCCAGGUCCUCGGUUACUUCCAUUGAGAAGGAAACACAGUUAUCCCAUGCUGAAUCAGCCCUGGGCUGCAUUCUUUAUUUUUCUGUUAUGACUGAAGUCAUUUUAUUUGGACAUUUAGAGCUUGCUGCUUUUGUUCAUGGCCAAUAGAAAUGGGAUUACAUGUCAAAAGUAUGUGGCGACACUGACAUAAAUAUUGUAAUCCUUCUUUGGGACAUGUAGUUUGAGAUACACGAGUAACACUCUAGUUCGAGCAUCUAUGAUCUUGCUGA